AUGGAUAAUAUGAAAAUAAAGUAUCACAUUGUAGUGUUUAUUACAACUUAUAGUGUUUAUUAUUCCUGUUAUUCUCAUGCAUUUUUCUGUUAUACAGGUAACAAAAGAAAGCAAAUAAUCCAAGUUGUACAGUAUUUAGAUGAAAGGCUGAAAGAACUAGAUGAGGAAAAGGAGGAACUUAGAAAAUAUCAACAGCUUGACAAACAAAGAAAAUCAUUAGAAUAUGCUAUUUUUAGCAAAGAAGUUCAAGAUGCUCAGCAGAAACUUACAGAGAUAGAAGAUGUUCGGGCCAAGGUUUCUGAAACAUCAGCAAAAAAGUAUAAUGAUGUUCUUGAUGCCCAUGAGAAAUCCAAAGAUUUAGAGAAUACAUUAAAAGAUGUAUCAAAAGAACUUCAAAACUUUAACAAAGAAAAAGAAGCUAUUGAAAAGCGACGAACAGUUGCAUUAAAGAAGCACACAGAACUUGAGCUUGAUGUCAAAGACUUGCAAGAGAAGAACUCUGGAAACAUCCGAGCCAAGGAAGAUGCUGCAAGACAACUGGAGAUACUUGAGAAAGAAAUUCAAGAUUCAACCAUUGAACUGGGCAAAAUCAUUCCCUUACAUGAGGAUCAAAUUCAGAAAGAAAAAGACAUUGCCAUGCAGUAUGUUUAUGGUUGAAUGUAUCGUUUAUUU